AUGAGUCGGCAGUCUUGGAGCGAGGAGAGCGGAGGGAAGAAGAGAGCGGAGGAGCGAGAGUCGAUAUGGAAAAGGAAGAGGAUUGGUCGAGAGGAUCGAGAGAUCGAAGGUCGAUCGGCGGGGGUGCAGGAAGAGGGAGCUGGCAGACCGAAAACGGACGGCAGCGGAGAAGAAGGUGUACAAGAGUACAGGAAUAAUGAUUUUGCAAAGACACUUUUAUAUCACGUGGUACCAAUGUAUUACACUUGGAAUAAAAAUUUGUUUAUAAGAAGAAAACGUGGAGAGGAUGUAGAAGGAUAUCCCAGAAUAAAAAAAGAUACAGCACUAGGAAGAAUUUAUACUAUUCAUCCAAAACAAACAGAGUGUUUUUAUUUAAGAAUGUUACUGCACCAUGUCCGAGGGCCAACAUCAUUUGAGAAUAUAAGAACUGUAAAUGGUGUGGUGAAAUCUACUUUUCAGGAUGCGUGCCAAGAACUUGGUUUAUUAGAAAACGAUAACCAAUGGAAAGACACACUUGCAGAGGCUGCGAUUUUGAGGUCGGCGUCAAGGAUGAGAGAAUUGUUUGCAAUAAUUUUAGUAUUCUGCCAACCGGCUAAACCAAGUAUAUUAUGGGAAAUAUUCGAACAAAAUUUAUGUGAGGACAUUUUAUUAAGAGAGCAACGACGAUAUAAUGAUAAGACAAUAAUGUUAUCCGAGGAAAUCAUCAACCAAGCGCUGUGUGAAUUAGAAGAUAAGGUAGUAGCAUUGAGUGAAAAAUAUUUAGUUAAUUACGGUAUGCCUAUACCUAAACGUAGUGAAAAAAAUGCGGGAGAUCUAUAUGACGUGAUUUUAAAAUGUCCAUUUGAUAAAAAAGAGAUGCAAGAUUAUGUAAGUGAAAACCUACCUAAAUUAGUGCCAGAUCAGAGACAAGCAUUCGAAAAAAUUAUUGACAGUGUUAUCUAUAAUCGAGGAAAUGUAUUUUUUUUGGAUGCUCCUGGAGGAACAGGAAAGACUUUUUUAAUCAAUUUACUAUUGGCAAAGGUGAGAUCAACAUGUGGUAUAGCCAUAGGAGUGGCAUCGUCAG